AUCUCGACUAUAUUUAUUGACAUUUUUUACAGCAAAAGCAUAAGUAGAUAAAGCCACCGACAACAGAAACGAAACCCUAACGUUGAUCAUCAAAGCUGAAAAUGGGAGUGGAGAAGCAAGUCAUCAGGCCUGGAACAGGUCCCAAACCCACCCCUGGUCAGACCGUCACGGUUCACUGCACCGGCUACGGUAAAAAUGGGGAUCUGUCUGAGAAGUUCUGGAGCACUAAGGAUAAAGGACAGGAGCCUUUCUCUUUCCAAAUUGGCAAGGGUUCUGUUAUAAAAGGAUGGGAUGAAGGUGUGAUGGGAAUGCAAGUGGGAGAAGUUGCUCGUCUUCGGUGCUCUCCAGACUAUGCUUAUGGUGCUAAUGGAUUUCCAGCAUGGGGAAUACAGCCUCACUCAGUUCUUGAUUUUGAGAUUGAAGUCCUAAGCUUGCAGUGAGUGCUUGGCAGCUGGUGACUGUCAGAGAAUAUGUACCCUGAAUAACGUACCUUCCAUGAACAUAUAUAUGGAUAUAGCAUGCAUGAAUAUUAAUAUCUGUAAGAGCAUCAAAUUUAUGUAUGAAAGAGUUAUUCAGUGGCGACUUUUUAUUUACUUUCUAUAAUAAUAUAAGGUUAAACUCCACUGCGGUUUCUGCCUGUA